CUGCGUCUCAGCGGGGGCAGAAACCCCUUCGAGGGCCGGGUGGAGGUCCUGAUGGAGAGGAACGGGUCCCUGGUCUGGGGCACGGUGUGCAGCGAGGGCUGGGGCACGAUGGAGGCCAUGGUGGUCUGCAGGACGCUGGGACUCGGGUUCGCCAGCAACGCCUUCCAGGAGACGUGGUACUGGCCGGGCGAUGUGAGUGCUGACUCUGUGGUGAUGAGCGGGGUCCGAUGCUCCGGCACUGAGAUGUCUCUGAACCACUGCCUGCACCACGGGGCCCACCUCAGCUGCUCCAAGGGGGGGGGCCGCAACGCCGCCGGGGUCUCCUGCUCAGAGACGGCCCCGGACCUGGUCCUGAACCCUCAGGCUGUGGAGCAGACGACCUACAUGGAGGACCGGCCCAUGUUCAUGAUGCAGUGCGCCCAGGAGGAGGGCUGCCUCUCCUCCUCCUCCAGCCUCACGCCGGCCACCUCGUACCGCCGCCUGCUGCGCUUCAGCUCGCGGAUCCACAACAACGGCCAGUCCGACUUCAGGCCCAAAGCGGGGCGAAACUCCUGGGUGUGGCACGACUGUCACAGGCAUUACCACAGCAUGGAGGUGUUCACCCUCUACGACCUGUUCACUCUCAAUGGGACUAAAGUGGCAGAAGGACACAAAGCCAGUUUCUGUCUGGAGGACUCGGAGUGCGAUGAAGGUAUUGAGAAGAGAUAUGAAUGUGCUAACUUUGGGGAGCAGGGCAUCACAGUCGGCUGCUGGGAUACGUACCGACACGACAUCGACUGCCAGUGGAUCGACAUCACAGACAUCAAACCUGGAGACUACAUCUUCCAGAUCGUGAUUAAUCCAAACUACGAGGUGCCGGAGUCGGACUACAGCAACAACAUCAUGAAGUGCAGAUGUCGGUACGACGGACACCGGGUCUGGAUGUACAGCUGCCAUAACGGAGGUUCUUUAAGCACUGAGACGGAGGAGACGUUCCCCGGCCUCCUGAACAACCAGGUGACCCACAGGUAGACACUCUGAAGACCCCUGAACAACCAGAGACCCCUGAACAACCAGGUGACCCACAGGUAGACACUCUGAAGACCCCUGCACAACCAGGUGACCCACAGGUAGACACUCUGAAGACCCCUGAACAACCAGAGACCCCUGAACAACCAGGUGACCCACAGG